AUGCGAAAAAAUUGUUCAGGCCUGAAACAGUUUAAGUAUCGUGAAAAUGGAUUUAAUGAAGCAGAAGAAGAAGCUAUUCAUAUUUGCAAACAAAUUUAUAUAACACCAGAGUUUAAAUCUAUAAAAGAAGAAGUUUAUAGAAACAAAUGUUUAGUUAUGAAAGCUCUCCUGUAUUAUGCUCAACAAAUGAAGAAGAAUGUUUUGUCAACGCUUAUUUUUCCAAUUUUAGAUCAAGGAAUUGUAUCUAUAAAUCAACGAUUCACCCACUUAGAUCAUUUUAACAAUUAUUUUGGAUUUCUGUUUGAUAUUGGGAAAAACACCACGGACAUUAUUGGAGUGGAAUUAUAUGACGAACUUUGUCUUCUUUCAGAAAUAACUGAUAAAGGUACCUCACCUUUAAGAGUCUUACAAAAAAUCCUUUGCAACAGUGUUGGUGAUGUUUAUCCUAAUGUUGCUAUAGCAAUAAAGAUUGUGCUCACAUUAUCAGUUACAACAGUAACAGCUGAAAGAUCGUUUUCAAAAUUAAAGUUGGUAAAAAAUUACCUAAGAACACUAAGUCAAGAGAAAACUAAAAAUUUAGCAAUAAUAUAUUCUAAAGAACGUGAAAUAGUAGAUGAAUUGGACUUGGAUGAUGUUAUUUGCACAUUUGCUGAUCUCAAAUCAAGAAAAGUYAAUUUUUAA